AUGCUUGUUCUGCGAGAAGAGAUAAAUCUGAAGUUUAGUGUCAAUCAGAGAAAAGAUGAAGGUUCAAUUCCAUCAUCAAAAAAAGAUGAUAUUUCAGUGUUUAAAACUUUAUGCACUUCUUGCUGUGUUGUUGAUGAGGUGGAUGAUAAUGUCUUGAAGCAGGGAUCUAGAAAUGAAGCAAGCCAUCUGACCAUUUCUGGAUCAUUCUAUUGA